GUUAGAGGGUGAUCUGUUAGGUUGAAAACAAAUUUGACUUGAAUCCUGGAAUCAUGGAAGCCAAGAUUUCUUUGGAAAUGACUGGUGGAAAAAACAUACCAACCAUAGGUUUGGGCACUUGGCAGGUAACAGAGGAAGCAGAAUUAGAGAAAGCGUUGAACGCAGCUCUAGAAGCUGGCUAUCGUCACAUUGAUACGGCGUUCGCUUACUCCAACGAAGCUAUCAUUGGCAGAGUACUGAACCAGUGGCUGUCAUCCGGUAAGGUGAAAAGAGAGGAGCUUUUUAUCACCACUAAGCUGCCAAUAAGCGGAGUACACGAAGAUAGAGUAGAGAUGUUCAUGAAAAAGUCACUGGAAAAUCUGAAGCUGGAUUACGUUGAUUUGUAUCUGAUCCAUUUUCCAAUUGGCACUAAUUACGUAGAAGGAUAUGUGUGGCCUCCACCAGAUCAAAUGAAGUUGGAACCAUCAAAUCACGUUGAAAUUUGGAAGAAAAUGGAACAACAGGUCGACGCCGGCAGAGCCAGAGCAAUUGGUCUAUCCAAUUUCAACCAGAAACAGAUCGAAAAAGUAAUCAAGUCAUCGACAAUCAAGCCAGCCUGUUUACAAAUCGAAUUGCAUGUGCUUUUGCAACAGCAGGAACUGGUGCGUUUCUGUCAGCAAAAUGGAAUUGUUGUGGUUGCCUUCUCUCCAUUGGGUAGUCCUGGUUACAAUAAGUUUUUGAAGAGUACGGGAAAAGGGGAAAAAGAAUUGCCCAAUUUGCUGCAGAACCCACUCGUGAAGAAAAUCGCUGGAAAACACGGAAAAUCUAGUGGACAAGUACUGCUUCGAUUCCUCGUGCAACAGGACAUUGUUGCCAUACCGAAGAGCGUUAACUCUUCUAGAAUAAAAGAAAACAUCGAUAUCUAUGAUUUCAAUCUUGAUUCAGAGGAUAUGAAAGGCCUAUAUGACCUUGACAUUGGGGAACGUAUCUUAGACCUCAAAUCCAUGCCGAUAUUUCAUGAUCACCCCGAAUGGCCAUGGAAAGUGUUACUCAAUUAACUAUAUCCGAUAAAAUAAUUUCACCAUAAUAUGGUGUGUGAAUUGUAUAGUAGGUUCAUAUAGAUUGUUUGUCCAAUCGCUACAUAUAGGGCAUGUAAAUGGCAACAUAUCAAAAGAGACUCAUCCGACUAUCCUUCGCCUGGCCAUCACAGUGAAACACAACUGCUAUUCUCUGUAACUGCCAGGAUGCCAAAUGUCAUUUCUUGAUACUCCUAUAUGUAACGAUUCGAUGAACAAUAUAUAAAGAGAUAUUUUGUAAUAUUCCUUCUUCCUAUUCCAAAAUAUCGUUAUGGACAGUUUUUGUUAAAUUUGGAAGGCAUCUUCAAGAGAAGGUGUGAAAUAUUGGUAGCUCAAACACGUGGAUUUGAAUUUAAUGAAAUCUGAAUGGUCCACUUCAAAUCUAUUGUAAUAUAUGAUUACUUAUAUAACUGAUUAGUU